CAGUCCUGGCCUCCAUAAUGCCCACAGUCUACCAUCACUCCCGCCACAUCCAAGUCAUUGAAAUCAAAUCAAAAAGGAGAAGACCACUACGCGGGCAGGGCAAUACAUCUUUAUAAUGCCACAGCGCUCCUGAGGAAGAUUAUAUUUCUGUGCACAUCCGUGUCGUCGGUGACUUCACCGCUGCGCUCGCCAAGGCUGUCGGCUGUAACUUUGACUCUAAGGAUUCCAAGGAUGUCAACGCCAGUGGUGGAAAGGUUAUUGGCACGAACGCAAAUCCGCCGUUCAACCGGGUGCUCCCUCGUAUCAAUGGUUGACGGUCCGUUUGGUAGUGCCAGUGAGGAAUUCUUAAAUUACGAGACUGUUUACCUUGUUGGUGCUGGUAUUGGUGUCACACCCUUCGCUUCUAUUCCAAAGUCGAUCUGGUACCGCAUGGACAACCUGAACAACUCCAAGCCUACCCGUCUCUCCAAGGUCUACUUCACUUGGGUCAUCCGCGACUUUGGCAGCGCCGAGUGGUUCCAUUCACUACUGCAGGCUAUCGAAGAGCAGGAUCAACAUCUACCUCACUGCAAAGAUCAAGGAGGAUGACAUGAACAACAUUAUAGUCCAAGAUGUCGGUGCAGAGAAAGACGCUAUCCCUUC